GCACCGCUACGGCGGCAGUUCGCGUUCGACUACCGUGCGCGUUGCGUCUCACUGUACGUGCGUCUAUUUCUGGCAAGUGUUUUCGCUCCGAAUCAACACGGCCACGCUGAAAAGCCUAUCAAUUCGCGUGAAUCUACACCGUGUCAUUGACAAUUAAACGUCGUUCAUUAACAAACUGUGAAGUGUGCCAACAAAUACGAAACUGGAUUAUACCGUGCGCGUAAUAUAAAUAAGGAUAUACUCGAGGAUCGUUCGAGGCUGACGUUUAAUAAUAAAAUAUAAAAGUCCGCCUACGUAUACCGUGUGUCCUAUAUGGUAAAUGCAUAGUCGACGAGUAUUUUCUACGUUCUAAAAGACAUUUAGUCUAAAGAGAUUUAGUGUGUCAAGGCCGAAGAUUCGUCGGAGUAACAUUGUGUGCGAGUCUCGCUUUAUCACACGAUGUAACGGAAGGUCGUCGAGGAGCAGGCGGUGGAGGCGGAGGAGUCCAUCCUGUGCAUCACGGGCCACGGUUAAAUGUUAUUGAUCGUAGCCGUCGAUCGAUGCCCUCUCGCGAUCGCUGCGAUUCGCACGGGUUACGGAUUUCCUGCUGCGUCGUCGGCAUCUAGAACACGGUGUCAAGGUCGAGUAAUCUGGCGAACGGAUCGAGGAACGAAUUCUCGCGAGCCACGCGAACCAAGGGGGACGUUCGACUCGCACUGCUUUCAUCAAACGUGUUAAUUUCGAAUCGUUAUUACGCCCGUAAGAAACAAUAAAUUUGUGCUUCGAACGAAGGAAUGCGACGCUCGUUUAACCUAUCGUUGCGUCUUACAAGGACGAUACGUUUCAGUAUAUUUUCUUUUACGAAAACAAGGCCGGCAACGCGUCGCAUCUUAAUCGCCGAUGCGUAAUACGUGCAACAGGGACUAACGUAACAAUUUGGCGGGAUAAGGGAACGGAUCAUCGUGGUCGUCGAAAGUUAAAGACAUUUAUUUUUUUCCCUUCUCCGUUCUUCGUUUUCUCUCUUGCCACUGAUCCCGCCGAAUGUUUGCUCGCCAUUCGACGCAGAUAAAGACACUUUUUAUCUGUCCCCGAAGAAACGAGGCAGCCAGCGAGCGAUCGAACGGGCGAGAUUAACCGGCGACCUGGCUAAUUUUAAUUCGCCCAACAAACAAGCCGCCGAGUUGUUGUCGCACGAUAACGUACAGACGCGCCACGAACGCUACGUCGAUUUUCUCGCUGUUUGCCCGACGAUCGGUUCUCCAAUAUGGCGAACGACGCCGAGGACGAGUCCAGUGUUUCGAACGUUUCAUCCUUCGUUUGAAUGACACAGUUUCGUUUCGCGGCGUGGAAAAGAAAAGGGAUAGUGAUUAAAGAGAAACUCGGUGUUAUUAAACGAUCGAUGGAACACGGUACGAUCGGUGACGAUGAUCUAUCGAAUCGGUAUUUCCAUUGUAAACGCGCAACGGAACUUAAAGAUCGAAACGCGAACUAGUACGAUACGCAAUUGAAAGGAAUCACUGAUAUAUCGUAUCACGGAAGUCGUUCUAAAAGUGGUAGUAACAAUGUGGAGGGAACAGGAACAGAUACACCUGCACCCUCAGCAUCCGCAACAGCAAAUUCUUCAUCGCGGGAUCAUCGGCACUGUCGAGAGGAUGCAUCAUCGAUCCACCACCAUGGAUUUGCCUGGUCCAAGUAAUCCAAGGGCGUCGCGGAACAUGGCAGAAAAACAACGCCGCGACAAUCUCAACACAAACAUCUCGGCAAUGGCUACACUUAUACCCACGGUCGCCGAAAGUCCCAGGAAGAUGGACAAGAUAUCCAUCCUGAGGCUGGCAGCCGCCUUCCUCAGGAUGCGAUACGCACUCGGGCGAGGCACACUUGACUUUCUACCUCGGGAACUCGGCGAGUUGGAUCUGGAACAGUAUAUCGUCGACAACUUGAUCGGAACUGGGGGGUUUUUUCUCGUGCUCACCACUACCGGGAAAAUAGUCUACGUCAGCCGGCAAGUCCAGGAACACCUUGGUCACGCUCAGGCGGAUCUGCUCGGCCACUCCCUGUACACGUUCGUCCAUCCGAAGGAUCACGACGAACUGAACAAGAACCUCACCCCGGACGAGAUGCAAGGAGUGGUGAGUUCGUCCACGUCGCAGAUCACGGACGGCCUGAACGAUAAUUCCAUUUCCUCGGAGGACUCGUCGUCCUCGAACAACGAGAGGAGACCGUUCCGCGAGCAGAGGCGAAGUUUCGAGCUGAGAAUAUUGCAUCGUACCGCGUCGAGACGGGAACACACGCAGUACGAAUGCCUCGAAGUUUCCGGGAUGCUUAGGCUCGCGGACGCUUGCAAAAAUCCUGAAUCAAAUGCCAAUCGAAUGAGACAUCGAGAAGUCAGUUCGACGAGCAACGACAUCGUUUUCGUGGGUGUAGCAAGGGUAAUGAUGAAACGUCCGAUCACGGAAAUAUCCAUAAUGGAUGCGAACAAGGACGAGUACGUGACGAGACACUUGGUGGACGGCAGGAUUAUUUAUUGCGACCACAGGGUAUCGGUGGUCGCCGGUUACUUGUCCGAGGAGGUGUCAGGUUUGAGCGCCUUCAGUUUCAUGCACAAGGACGAUUUCAGGUGGACGAUGAUCGUUCUGCGUCAGAUGUACGAUCGCGUAGAGACCUGUGGAUCAUCUUGUUAUAGGCUACUAUCGAAAACGGGAGAAUUUAUUUAUUUACGUACGCACGGCUACUUAGAGUUCGAUAAGGACACGCAAACUGUUGAAUCUUUUGUGUGCAUAAACACAUUAGUAUCGGAAGAGGAGGGUAUUAGACUGGUUAAACAAAUGAAGAAGAGAUUCUCAGCCACCGUGUCCGAUACAACGCGAACGAUGAUCCAGUGCAAGGACGACGCAUCGUUCGAUCUGGGCACCGACUCGCAGCAAUCGAACUCGAAGAGCAGCGUGGAAGAUCCGUCACAGCUGGAAGAUGCCAUCACACAUUUGGUUAGCGAUUUGUCGUCGUCCGUGUCCGAGGAUCAUAUGUCGGAUAGCCCGGUACCUAACGAACAGUACGCGAAGGCCGCUAUGGUAUCGCAGCAUCUACCACCGGCUGCUACACAAGCUAGUAAAUUAGGCAUCAAGAAGAUCGAUCACUAUUUAGUGGUGCAAGGUAAAGGCAAUCGAACUCCGAAGCAAACGUCUAAAACGAACAAUGAUAAAUACGAGAAACAAAGGAACCCGAGGUCUAUCGGAAAAACGAUAACGAUCCACGAUGUAACGCAUAUUCAAGAUACGAAGGAUCCGAAGAUUUCAGCACCGUUGAACGAGGUGAUUGUUGCUAAUAAUACCAGUGUAGAACGGAGCAUAAAUGUUCCAAGGGAUCCUGGAACGUCUCAUCCGAACGUCUGUAGGAAUUUCAAUAUUCUGAGUCCUGCUGCGGUAGUCAAUGAACCUAAGAGCAUCGUCUCCAGCUCGUUGCAUGAAAGUCCUUGUGACAUCAAGGUAGAACACGCGAUUGAUGUGUUCAAGCGUCAACAGGAACCCAUAAUAGAGUAUCAUGAGAGCGGUAUAGCGGAUAAUAGCAUCGCUUCAGAUGCUAAAACGAGUCAUCAGUACUCGCUGAAGAGGAUAUACAGCGACGAAGAUAUUAGGACGAGUUGCAAUAAAAAGAGGCACAGUAAUGUCACUUAUGUGUCAGAUAAAAACGAUGAACCACAAAAUGUUUCCUAUGUCGAUUGCAGACCUUUUGUUACCGAAGAAUACUUGGAUAUACCGACCGACUUCAACCAGUACAGUAAUAUUGGCUCUCAGUCGUUGAAGCUUGCAGAGUCACCGAAUUCAACCUUGAACGAAGGCAUCGUGGAUUAUCAGCAAGUGGAUUCCAGCGUGCCACUGUUACCACCGAAUCCGGAUGACGAGUUCAUUCAUGAUCUGAAGGAUGACCCUUUGCUGAGUCCAAGCCUGAACGCCAAUCCAGAUAUUAUAAUGAAAAUAUUCGAUGACCUCAGGCAUGUACCUAUUUUUGAAAACUCCUUCAACGAGACGAAAGUACAACUAGCAGAUAACAAUGCAAUCAAUAAUGAGAUAAAAAGGAAACACUUACAGCUAAUGAAUAGCAUAUCGUUACAAGAAUCGCAACUGAACGUUCUGGCACGAGAUUUAAAGAACCCAGCUUUACAGGCAAAACGAGGAAGUCUAACGCCGUUACAGGCGGAGCAUAAUAUGCAAAAACAGAUUCUUGAAACCUUGCAACAAGAUCAUCAUAAUAUUCAAAUAAACAUAAAACACAAUAUCGGUGUAUAAAAGAGUGAAAUCUGAGAAUCAUAAGUUCAAGAUGAUCUUAACAAAGUAUUUCAAUAUAAAUUGACAAGAUAACUGAUCCAGGAAGCACGUGUUGACGUACGUGGAAUUGCAUAUUAAAUAUUUCAGUGAGAAUCACUGUAACUCAUUCCUCUGCAAGUUAUCAAUGACACAACAAUGAUAAUCUGAUAAAGGAAAAUGUAACUAUGGUUACAUCGACAAUCGACGACACUAUAAUGUCGAGACCCAUGUAUUAUUCUGUAACUGAAGAAGUAAAAAGAUAACAUUGAUUGUUAACAGAAAAUCGAAGAUAGAAGUUAAAAAAAAGAAAUCCUCGAGAUAAUCAGAUAUAAAUAUCCAGUCUCCAUUGUUAGGCUGUUUUGAAAGCCGAAUUAUAUGAACGUUGUACAUCGUCACAUAUUUGGCCGAAAUACGAACUGCUCGCAUACCGUAACUCGUGUGAGUUUUAUUGUAAAUGACGGCUAAGUUUUACGUUUUUCAAAGGUCCAAUGUUACGCAACUUUCAAAUUUUAUGAUAACAAGUUUGUAGAUAGUGUGGACUCGAUUUUUAAACGACCGCGCUAUUCGUUCAGCCUUCUGGACUGUUUUACACUUGGUCAUUGUUUAAAUGGGGAAUGAAGAAAAGAUAAUACUGUUUCCAUGUUGAAUAGAUCACGAUAUGUGCGCAUACAUAUGUCGGAUGGAUACAGCACCAGUUCAGUUUAAAUCCUGCGAGCUUGUAGGGUAUCAAGAAAUUUGGAUUUGAAUCUUUCCAAUGGAAGCAAGAUGGCAGUACAAAAUUUGUGUUUCGAACAAAAGAGAUAUGCUUUUAAGAAGAAACGUAUUAUAAAAUGAAGAAUAUUAGAUACGUGGUUGUAUCUAAUUUUUAUUAUUGUUACAGGAGUAUGGUAACAAUGAAAUCAUUGACUGUAAAUGUUUCAAACAUUAUUCUUUUUUUUCUCUCUCUUUUUAAAAUAAUCUUCUACAAAAGGGUAUGGACUGCUUUCUUCUUUGUCCUUCUCCAGAGGUACGCACUAUUUUUUUUUUAUUUUUUAUUUUUUUUUUUUUUUUUUUUUUUUUUUGAAGCACCUUAACCUGUUAUUUUUAUAAAUAUUUUACUUCAUUAAAAAACGUAAAGUAGUAAUGAAAAUUAUUAAAUUUCAAAUGUUAUUAUCUCGUAUUUUGUUAUGCAAAACUUUGAAACUUUACUGGCCUCGUUAUCCACCCAAUAUUAUGUUGCUUUAUAUUAUUUUAUUAAUUAUUUAGUUAAGCUUUAGUAUCUAUUAACUUGAGUAGUAAAUGGAAUUACCAUAUUUGGCUGAUGUGUAAUUAUGGUAUAUAUAAAGACACAUAGGCCGAUUACAAUUACUUCUUUUUUUUUUUAAGAUACAGUUGACAAAACCGUAAAUAAGCAUAAUCAAGUAAAUGAAUCUGCGAUUCAAUGUAAAAAUGUUAAAAAUCUAUAAAAUGGAGUUGCGCGUAUGGAAGAUUAAUUAUGAACGCGCGUUCAUUGUGGACAUAUGCAACAUAUAUAGAGAUAUAUAUAUAUAUAUAUAUAAAUAUAAAUAAUAUAUUGUUUACAAAUACGAACACAAAGUAGAUAUGUGCAGUAAGAUCCAUUCAUCCGAUUCUCAUUGUUAGUCAAGUGAACCGGGAACUUGACGGAAUUUCAUGGCCGAUUUUUUCGAAAACCGAGCCUUGAAUGAAAGAAAAAAAUAUGUCAUCUCACAUUUUCAAUUUAAUACUGCACAAGAAAUCACCUCCUUUCCGCUUGUACCAUAAUUUUCGGUACACCAUAUAUACAGAGCGUCCCAAAAAGAUUUUCUAAUUCUAAAACUGCAGAUUUUUCAUGUCGAAAGAAAUUAGAAUUUAUUCGAAAAAUUAAAAUAGCAGCUAAAGUCAUUUUAUUUCACAAUAUAAAUUAUUUUUCCUCUUAAUUUUUGGGAGGGUAGCAUCACCCCUUUUGGAUUCUCCAAGUUUCUCCAACCCACACACCCUUUUAACGUAAAUUCAAGGUUCCAAAGUGCAAAGUUUUAUUAAGCACAACACUUUUCAAAUUGCAAAAUUAAAAAAACAGAAAUAUAAUUUAUUUCUCACAAAAAUCUGUAGCUUUUAGAUAGUGUAACGUUUUUGAGGCACUUCGUAUAUGUAUCAUUUAGUUCCAUUUUCCUAUGUACAACUAUAAAUAAGGCUGAUACUGUAAAUAAGAAUUCCGUACAUCUCAAUCUAAAUCGAUAGUUGACCGAUUAAGGGAAUGACCGAUUAUUAUUUUUUCUUUUGUGAAUUUCUUUCAUCGUUCAUUCGUAUAAUUGUACAUCUAUUUGCAACUCGUGUGCUAUUCCCCAAAUAUAUAGUAAAGAAGAGUUUCUUUUUUUUCCUUUUUUUCUUUUUCAUGCUCCUGCGUAUACUAAUACAAGUCACGAUUAUCAGGUAGGGUUUAGAGUAGUAGUUAACAAAUGAUGUUCUUAAUGUAUGGACAGACCAUCCGCCGUUUUAACGUGAAUUCAUGGUUCCAAAGUGCAAAGCAUUGUUGAGCAUAAUAUCAUUUUUUCAAAGUAACAAUAUUUUAUAAGCUUGAUGACAAAAUUCAAUCCAAACUAUCUAUAAAUAUAUUUAUUUUAAUUCUUAUCCUUGAAACGAUGCUUUGAACGAGCAAGAAUUAAACGAAAUUGCGAGAAGAGGGAAUAUUACCUGCGUAUAAUACUUCUUAUAUAUGUACACAUCAUAUGUUCAUUGUAAAAAAAAAAAAAUGAAUUAUCGUUAACUCGUUUUUAUGUCAUUUGACAUCGAUGUCAAGCGUAGUGAGGUUGAUCGUCACUGGAACAAUAUAUUAUUCUAUUUCAAAGGUUUAGGGAGUGUAAUUGUAAAUGUACGAUAUAUUAAGGCAAUUGCUUGGAUAACAAGAAACUUGUGCUCAGUUAUUUCAUUGUUUGAGAAGGGUGUGACUAUCCUUGCCUCAUGAUCGCUCGACGUUGAUUAAGAAAGAUUUAAAACUUUUUUACAUGAUUAUUAUUAUAUAUACCGUUUAGGAAACGAUUAAUAAAACCCACACGCGUGUAAUUGUUCGAUUAUCAUCGUGAAUGGGACGUUUUAGUUAAGCGAAUGGCAGAUUUUCUAAUUCGUCAUGAUCAUUAUAGUACAAACAGCAAGUUUCAAGUGUCUGUGUUUAGUGUCACUGUUUCUCUCGAUCCUUUUGAAUCUAUCUUAUAAGGAAGGUGCACGAAAUUUUGUAUAUUAAUUUCAUUUAAUUUUGUGCAAUUAUAGAAUACACCGUAUGUAAUAAUUCUGGAAAAUUAUUGGAUCCACUUUGGAAAUUAAUUAUACAAUUUAGGUUUGUUAUAAAAUCAUGCGACCUUCUGUAAUAAUUCUCCAAAGUGUAUUUUAUAAUUUACAAAAAGGAAAAGGGAGGAAAAAGUUAAAUUUGAAGAAGUUAUUAAAUUUUCAACACCUCCAUGACUUUGGAUGCUAAUUUCCAAAUAAUCCAUUCUAUAAUUUUGCAGAAUUAUUGUUUCGGGGCUUCUUUAUAAAUAUCAAAAAUUUAAACAAAUUUGAUGUUCUAUUCUCCUGGAUUUUCCUUGUAAAGAAAAUUGUUCAUGGUGUUUCGCGAUUCGAGCUUACAAACCCCACCGUGCUCAUGUUUUUGUAUGUCUCAAACGUGUACGUGGAAAUGAAUCAUUGAAAAAGAAAUUGUAAAUCGAGCAAAAUAUAUCCAUGAUAGUUAAAGAAUAUUACGAUACAUGUACGAGUGAUUCUUCGUGUGUUACCUUGAAGAACAAAAAACAAAAAAAAUACUACACGAUGGUAAGAUUAAUUCUUUGAAAUGCUUGAGAAAAUUGUUGAUCGGUGAAGAGUGCAAUGUGACACAAACAGACGGCACUACAGAAUUCGCUAAACGUGUUUAAUCUUGAUAACAUUGUAAAUAUUACCUUUAUUAUACAUAUAUUUUAUACUCUGCUGUUUGCACAUAAGUGAUUUUUACAAUUUCUUUCUGUAAGUUAAACAUACGCUAAAAGAAAAAAAGCACAAUACAACGCGAUUAUGUGCGGUACAUCUUUCUUGUACGUUUAUACACGGUUUAUCGUUAGGAGCAAAAUACUGCGAGAAUGUUCUUUUGAAUCAUUGGCGCGGUCGAAUCAUGUUAUUCAGUUGCAUGAACUUGGAUACUUAUUUCAAUGCGAAGCGAUCAUUGUUCUCCUUUUUUUUUUUUCUUUUUGUCUCAUACGAUCUUGUAAAAAGAAGAAAGAAAAUAGAAACGGAUAAAAUUUAUUAUGCGUACCGUUAGUGAAAAAUUAUUACAGUAUUACGCUUCUGCGUAAAUGAACCGCAUAGUAAUAUAAUAAUUAUUACUAUUUAGAAUAAUCCGUUCGAGUCGAGAAAUCUUUACAAUGCAACAUAUAUGGGUCGUUUUCUGUUAUUUUAAUAUUACACGUUCAUAUUUCUUUUUUUUUAAUUAUUAUUGUUAUUAAACGUUCCUCCUUUUUUUUUUCAAAUGAAAUAAUACGAAAACGACACAUAUAUUUUCAUUCGUAUCACAUGUACAGAACGAAUUCGUCGAGUGAUUAAUCUUUGUACAGGUAUAAUUUAAAAAUUGUGUAACUCGAGUGCUUUCGUCGGGAGCAUUGAGCAGGUUGCAAAAAUUGUAGCUGGUAAGACCGCGAAUAUGAUUCGCAAUAUUUGAUGAGCUUCUCUGAAGAGAAAUGCACCUCUGAAUUUUUACCUCAUUGCUAUAUUUGACACACUGAGUUACGAUGCAUAAUAAAGAAGAAAAAAACAAAUGAUAACCGAUAAAUUAAAAAUAAUUUAUUGCAAUCGUUAUUAACAUACAUAUAUAGUUUCUCAAUGAAAAUUUUCUUGAAUAUUUUUAUAUGUAUUAUAAACAUUACUCCUGUGUGUAUAUGUGCUGCUCAAUUAGAAUGUACUAAUAAUAAUAAUAAAUAAUUAUACUAACACCAAUGUGUGUAAACGAACAGUGAUUGUCAUAAUACAAUUUAAGAGGUGUAUAGCUCUUCGUAGAUUGCCAAAGAAUGAUAGAAAAUAUAACCCAAUUCCGUUCCUCUGUUCUUCCAAAAGAGAAAAAAAAAAAAAAA